CGUGCCCUGACAGAUGUGGUGACCUGGUAGAAAUGAAUAACGGGAGCUGUCUCCAGGAGGAAAGUAGUUUUCGGUUAUUUUAGGUGGUUUUUAUGGUAGUGUUCGCCAGUCAUUUUCUCAGUGGCUGCAUGAAAGACCGAUUGUAUGGGAGAAGCUGGUGCCUGCGUGGCUAAACCUGUGUCGACAGAGGUUUUUAGCCGGUGUUUGUAAUGUUUUAGAUUGCUCACGGCCGGUUUGUUGUCAUUAUGUCACAGCCUGGUAACAUUACGCUCGGAUUGUCAGCCACAACGAGAGCAGCGGAGGCAGGUAACAGGCUGCCAGGUGAACGUGGCAGCUGGAAUAAUUUGACUGCUGUGAUUAGUAACGCCUCCUUUCUGUUUAGCUAAAGAUGAAGGUUUGCGAUUAGAUGAGUAUCACUGUGGUUUAGGAAACUCCUCUGCGUACAAGGCAGAGCUGCUGUAAUGGGUCCACCACCACCACCAGACCCCCCUCUGCACCACAGCAGGACAUGUUCAUCAUUUCUUCACUGAGAAAAGGCAGGGUCAACAACAACAACAGCACCCUUUCCCUUCCUCCUCAUGCAGGAGCGGAGGAGAUGUGGAUCCCUUGUUGUAAAUGUGGUCCCCACACCUUCAACAAAGCUCAGCCUGCAACAGCAGCUUCAGUCAUUUUCAGUGAUUUUCCUGCUCUCUGCCAGCCGGUGACUGCCUGUUUGCUCAGACCGCAGCUCCAGGAGAAAGGCAGCAAAGCACCCGUCCUUCAGUUGGUCUUACAGCGCAGGCAGGCGGGAAGGUGACGGUGAGCUGCAGGGACCAUGCAUCAGGGGUGAGGGUUGUUCGCUGUGGGGAAAACGCGCGACGUCAGGCAAGGAGGAGGUCGGGGCCGGUCAGUGUGGAAAUGAAGCUCAAACAGCGCAUGGUGGUGCUGUGUGCCGUGCUCCUCCUGCUGGGCCUGGCCAAGAUCUUCCUGCUGGAUGGAGGUGAAGGAUCUGCGGCCAGCCGGCGGGACCUCAGAGCGUUUCGCAAGAUGGAAGCCGGUCUUUCUCUGUCUCGGGGCGCUCGCCUUACCAACACCCUCCAGUCUCCAUGGGAGAUAGCAAGCCAGUGGGUGGGCCCCAGAGAGGUGUACCCUGAGGAGACCCCAGAGCUGGCUGCUGUGCUUACUGCCCUGAGCUCCGCCAGGAUAGAGCGGGCAGAUGUGGGCUACAAGGGCACACAGCUCAAAGCCUUGCUGGUGCUGGAUGGAGGACAGAAAGUGGUCUUCAAACCUAAGAGAUACAAUAGAGACUAUGUGGUCGAAGGAGAGCCAUACGCAGGCUAUGACAGACACAACGCAGAAGUAGCCGCUUUUCACCUGGAUAGGAUCCUUGGGUACAGGAGAGCACCUUUGGUGGUGGGUCGAUAUGUCAACCUACGAACCGAGAUCAAACCUGUGGCCACAGACCAACUGCUCAGCACUUUUCUCAUGCAGGGCAAUAAUACAUGUUUCUAUGGGAAGUGUUACUACUGUCGGGAGAGCGAGCCGGCGUGUGCAGAGGGGGAGAUCAUGGAGGGGUCAUUAACCCUCUGGCUGCCAGAUGUGUGGCCGUUGCAGAAACACAGACACCCGUGGGGACGCACGUACAGAGAGGGGAAACUGGCCAGGUGGGAGUAUGAUGAAAGCUACUGCGAGGCAGUGAAGAAGAUGCCCCCAUACGAUGCAGGGCCAAGGCUGCUAGAUGUUAUUGACACAGCGAUAUUUGAUUAUCUUAUUGGAAAUGCUGAUCGACAUCACUAUGAGAGUUUUCAGGAUGAUGGCGGUGCCAGCAUGCUUAUUCUGCUCGACAAUGCCAAGAGCUUCGGGAACCCAGCUCUGGAUGAGCGAAGCAUCCUUGCACCACUCUACCAGUGCUGCAUGGUUCGUGUGUCCACAUGGAACAGGUUAAACCUGCUUCGAAGUGGAGCUCUCAGUUCAGCUAUGCGGCAGGCUCUGGCAUUCGAUCCUAUCCACCCGGUCCUAGCUGAACCACACUUAGCAGCCCUGGACAGGCGUCUGUCUGGAGUUAUAGCAACUAUAAAGCAGUGCAUGGAGGCACAGGGCCCUGACAACACUCUAAUAGAGGACCGAAUGAACCUACCACAUCCCUAAAAAGAAAGGCAAGGAGAAAGGGAGGUAAAACAGCCAAGACUUCCCAGCAUGGACCUAGAGGGAGUGACCAAACAGAUCAGCCGUGAUGUUAAAGAAGGAAUGGCAGAGUGAAUAAGUGAAUCGACAGGGUGGAAUAUCCCUGGUCCCUUCCUUGUCACUCUGACUCAAACUUGAGGGGUUCUCUAGAAGGUGCAAAAUCGUGGGAUUCAAAGAGUUUCAAACGGUGUCACUGUCAACCGUUUAAACUUUCUCUCAGGACUGUUGUGCAUUACAGGACAUGAUGGGCUGUAAGGACCUCUACUUGUAUUACUACUGGUUUAGAUGACACUCACGCCUUGUGCCAAAUCCUCUCUCCUGGUCACGCUUCUCUUUGGCAGUCAGCUAAGGAGAAAGGACGGAGAGGAAGAAGGAGGAGGGAGUGUUAAAUUGAGCCACCGAUGUGUCAUUGUUGGGUCAGGCAGUUUGGAGCUUUACAGUCCAGGAAACUGAAAAUGUUCUUCUGUUGAAAUAACAGGAAUUUUUUUUUGGUUUGUUUUUUACUGAUCUUCUUUUUUUCUUUCCUUGAAUUGAAAAUUAAUUCAAAGAAAUAGAGAACUGACUUAACUCUGUGUACAUAAUUAAGUAAGUAGCGGUGUAGAAAUAUGAGACAAAAGAAUAUAAAUUUGUGAAUUAUAAUAUUAAAUGAUGUUAAGGCCGCCUGUUUGUGGGUGUGGAUGAACGACUGCCAUAUUGUGCCGUGAACAAGAAAGCUACUGACUUGACCGACUUGAAGCAUUGUGACACAAAAGGUGCGUGUGUGCGUGUGUUUGUCUUUAACAAUAAACU